AUGCGCUCAGGCAUUGGGCUUAUUGUGUUUAUAUCCAUCAUCCUAUCCUUUGUCAAAUCUGAUGAUUUCUCUCCGGCAUAUUUAUCAUAUGGUUCAAGAGAACAUCUUAUACUCACGAGUCUCGAUCCCAGUGUUGUGUGUUUGCGAAGACCGCCCUGGUUCGAAUGGAUUUUCACCGCAUUCCAGCAUCAAACUAUCAAGGUAAACGGCACCUCGCUGGAUAUCUGUCCGAUUUACGCUUUUACUGCUGUUGACGAACUUGACCUUCGAUCUCGUUCCCCUUGGCUUCACGACUUCCCUUCCUCCUCUCUUUUGUCAUCCUUUUUACCAUUCUCUGCCUCCAGCCCAGGCUACUUUGAGCUGCAUGAGGACUCUUCCAUUGAACUUUUCGGUUUCGACUCCCAUUGUGUUGCAUUUAUUUCUCAACCCGGAAAAACACAUUAUGGCUGUCAAUUUGGCAUUGAUGUUGGAUUCGAAGCACGUGUUGAUUGGCUUCGAAUCUUCCGAUUUGCGUGCGGCUUUGUCCUAUACGUAUUUGCGCCCACUCUCUCCAAUAAUCUGACCUUCUAUUAUUUCACUGGUAUUAGCUUAUCGGUCAUCGGAAGUGUUCUGAUUGUCCUCCUCAUUGCCAUGCGUCUACUUCCGAAGCGCACAACCCUCCUGCUUCAGGGGGCUUUGCUCAUUGGAGGAGGUGCGUUAAGCUUUUUUGCCAUCUACUUAGACUAUCUUCGCUCGCUUCUGUGGAGCUUUGUGCUCAACAACGCAGGAUGGGUGUUCGUUUAUGUGCUGGGGACGGCUCUAAUCUCCGGAAUUAUCCUCUACUGGUUUGGCCUUCCAGAACGGCUUAUGCAAAGUUUUCCACGAACUCAAGUCCUCCUCGAGCUGCUUAUUCGUACUGCUGCUGCUCUCCUCAUAGCCUCUGCGCCGCAUCUGCCAUCCCAGUUAUUGAUACUUACAGACGCUAUUAACCUAAUGGCACACUAUGCCAAAUCGUGGUUAAAUAUUAGUCCUUCCUUACUGUUGGCAGCGUCACCAUUGGCAAUGCGUGCAGUAUUUACCGGUGUAAUCUUGGCCGUGAUCUCAUACAUCUCGUCUGCGUCUUUGAAAGCCAAAAGGAGGAGGCGGCCCUUGGAUCCUUCGUGGGAUAAUUGUCUACUCUUAGAUUCUCCAUGCGCAGCCUCAUCGCCUUAUAAUAGGCAAAGUAAUAGACCUGUAUGGCGUCCACCGGGAAGCAGCUUUCUUGCCACCCCGUCGACAUCCAACUACGGGGGUUAUAUCUAUCAAGAAGAAGGCGAUGAGUAUGCAGCCAUUAGCACGGAAGCUUAUUGGGAUGGUAACGGGUAUGUGUUCUCACCCGUCCUUCGUGUAAGAUCGAAUAGGUCGACACCAAGUCGGCGUCAGACGGCUUCAUCAAGGUCACCGAAAAGCAGGAGUAAAGUUGGAUGGGUAGUGAUGCAGGAUGCUGUUUUAACUGAUGAUGAUGAGGAAGAGAAUUAUUGA